AUGAAAAGAUUCGACAGACCAAGAACUUCGACUCACUCGCAGGCAAGAACAUCUACCAAUUCUGCAAAGAAAGAUCACAAACCGCGUACUAGUAGUAGCGUGAAACCGCUGAAUGCGGCUCAGCUGGUUUCCAGAGUUUUGGAUGCGACGUCCUCUGAGCCUUCUUCACUCAAUGUGAAUGGCUCAACGACUGGAUCCGAGUCCUCUGAAGUCUAUGAGAAUGUCAAGGUGCAUUACGUGGACGAUGCUAACGAGAAAUCAAGGAAUGAUGAUAAUCUCAUGGACUGUCAAGAAGAAGGAAACGGUGAUGACUCAGAGACUGAACAAGCAAACAAUGAUUCUUCUGUGUCUUCUUCUUCCCCUGAGGAUAAGAGACCAUCGACGGUUCUUAAGAGCAAAAGCUCUCAGGACAGACCCUUCAUAUCAAAGGGACGGAGCAAUGUCGAGUCUGUUAGAUCUCGAUCCAGUACCUUUCACGGCACGGCUAGAAAGACUGUAAGAUCCAGUAAAAGCCAGGCAAAAUCUUAUAGGAUCUCUGAGAAUCAAAAGGUUGAUUCCACGCCUUCUGAGGAGUCAAGAGAAGAUGACAAGUUUGAAGAUGCUUUGAACAGCGUUAAUAUCACAGAGAGUGACAAUGAAACACUUGUGUACAAGGAAAGCAAAAGGAGUAGUAGUGAAGUGGAGAAAGUCUUGACUCAGAAGAUUGGGACCCUGGAGACUCGAAUCCAGGUACUUGAAGAAGAGCUGAGAGAAAUGGCUGCUCUUGAGAUGUCAGUGUACUCUGUAUUUCCAGAACACGGAAGCUCAGAAGAUAAGCUUCACAGACCUGCACGGGACCUUUCAAGACUCUAUGCACUUGCUACAAAAAACCAGAGUGAAAACAAGUUGAUCUCAGUAACUAAAAACAUUGUGUCUGGUCUGUUCUUGGUGCUGAAAUCCUGUGGAAGCGAUGCGUCCAGGUUAACUUUCUGGUUGUCCAACACUGUCAUGUUGCGAGAGAUCAUUUCACAUGGAUUUGGUGGCACAUAUCUAAAUGGAUCAAAGUCGCUUGAAGAAGAUUGGACAGAUGCAAGAACUCUGAUAGCGGCAUUAAGAAGAGUUGAAUCAUGUUUAUUUACCCAAGCAGUUGGAUCCAUUUGGUCACAGGUAAUGAUGGUUCAUAUGAGACCUCAAGGAGUGGACUCGACGAUGGGUGAAACGAUUGGGAAUUUUUCAGAACCAGCAACAUGUGACCGGUUACAAGAGAGCUUUUCUGUCAACCUAUGGAAAAAAGCUUUUGAGGAGGCUCUGCAACGGAUGUGUCCUCUUCAAGCAACAAGAAGUAAAUGUGGUUGUUUGGAUUUUCUUACCAGAAUGAUCAUGGAGCAAUGCAUUGUAAGACUUGACGUGGCUAUGUUCAAUGCUAUUCUCCGUGAGUCGUCUCAGCAGAUGCCAACUGAUACUGACUCUGAUCCCAUUGGUGACCCAAGAGUUCUGCCAAUUCCAGCAGGGGUUUUGAGCUUCGAAUCUGGCGUGAAACUGAAAAACACGAUUUGCUACUGGUCGAGAUUGCUUACAGACAUCUUUGAGAUGAAUCUUGAUCAUUCUCCGGAAAAGGAGCAACAAAUGCCAAGAGGAGAUGCUGAAUUUAAACCUUUCCCCUUGCUCAAUGAACUGAGCGAUCUCCUUAUGCUUCCUAAAGAAAUGCUUGUGGACAGUUCCAUCAGAGAUGAGGUCUGCCCAUCAAUUGGCCUAAGUUUGAUAAAAAGGAUAGUCUGCAAUUUCACUCCCGAUGAAUUCUGCCCAUACCCUGUUCCAGGAACUGUUCUUGAGGAGCUCAACGCUCAGAGCAUACUUGAGAGUAGAAGCUCAUCUGGAGAUGCAACUAGAAGCUUUCCCCGACAAGUCAAUCCGGUUCAGUAUUGUCUUCCAACUUGUGCCCACUUGACAGACAUGGUCGCAGAGUUCAGUGACAAGCUUAAGGUUUCUAUGACACGUAAGAAAGUCUACAACAACAAUGAAGAGGUAGAAGAAACAUCAAGAUCUCCUCCAUAUUACAGCAUCAUCAAAGGGGUUGAAGAAAAAGGCAACCUUAUGUUCUCUGCGACCAACGAAAGAUACAGACUGCUUGGAGAAACCUAA